AUGAAGGGUUUUCAGAAUAUCACCAUGUGGCAGAAAUUUCAAUUAUUCUACCUAGGAAUUCUGGGAAAUGGAGACAAGAGGACUGACAACUGGCCGCUGGUCUACUCUCCUGUGCCAAUCAGCUGCAUCUUUCUGUGCUACCUGCUCAUUAUAUGGGUGGGACCAAAGCUGAUGGCGAAAAGACAGCCAGUCAACCUUAAACUCAUCCUGAUAGUUUACAACUUCGCCAUGGUCUGCCUAUCUGCAUACAUGUUCUAUGAGUUCACAGCCUCUGCCUGGUUGGCCAAAUACAGUCUGCUGUGCCAGCCAGUCGACUACAGUGACAGCCCACUGGCCAUGAGGAUGGCCAGAGUGUGCUGGUGGUUUUACUUCUCUAAAGUCAUAGAGCUUAGUGAUACCAUAUUUUUCAUCCUGAGGAAGAAGAACAGUCAGCUGACCUUCCUUCACGUCUACCAUCACGCCACCAUGAUCUUCAAUUGGUGGGCUGGGGUUAAAUAUGUGGCUGGUGGCCAGUCUUUCCUGAUUGGCCUGAUCAAUUCCCUGGUCCAUGUAGUGAUGUAUCUGUACUACGGCCUGGCAGCUUUGGGACCGAGCAUGUCCAAAUACCUCUGGUGGAAGCGCUACCUCACCACCCUGCAGCUGCUCCAGUUCUUCAUAGUAACCAUCCACACCACCUACAACCUAUUUGCUGACUGUGACUUCCCUGACUCCAUGAAUAUGGUCGUGUGUGCCUACUCUCUCAGCCUCAUCGCCCUCUUCAGCAACUUCUACUACCAAAGCUACCUCACCAAGAAGAACACCAAGGAGACAUAG